AUGAAAAUGGUGGUCCAUUCUAAUUCUAAACUAGAAACUGCUGAACAUGGAAUGCUCAGAGGGAUGAAACUUGAGAAAGCAAGAAAUAUUCAAGAGGCCGACCAGCCUGAUGACUGUGGAUUAUCGUUAUCACUAUCAUUGCAACAUCCCUUAGUCCAGAUGAGCAAUGGUUCCUUGUCGAGUGAAAUCAGCGAGACACACUCAAGGCAGAAUACAAGUGAUCACUCUUCAAACAAAUGUAGUGUUAAUCUAGAUCUAUCUAUUGCUCUAUGUCAGUGA